CGCCAAGGUUGUCGGGAGUGCCGGCGGCGGUUCGGCGGCGGCGCCCGGGACGGAGCGGGCGGGAGCGACGGCAAACUGAGGAGCCAGCUGCAGAACUGCCAAGUAGCCAAGGAAAGGCUGAAAUGCACAAGUGCCAAACCCACUUGAAAGAACAGGAUUUAUCAUCGAAACCCACCCUCAGAACUGGUCUCUAAACUCAAGCAUAACCAUCAGACUAAAGAAGACCCACCUCUGAAAAAAUUCAGGGAAGCCUUGAAAAAAUAAAGAAGCAUGUCACAAAAUACAAAUAACCAGCCUUUGCAGCUUAAACCAGAGCUGCCAAAGGCAAGUGACAUGCACGCUCGGCCUGUUCCAAGGACUCCGGGAACUACAGAUGAGCGCAGGAAACAGCUGGAGGAGUGGUUGGCAGCCAAAGGCAGGACAUACAAGCGGCCGCCAAUGAGGUUGCUUCAGAAGCAGGCGGUGAUACCAUCCUGCAGAAAGGGCAAGCCAACAGAGAAACAAGAGCAGCACUUCCGAGCCCAGGCAAACAGCAUAUUAACUGAGUGCCUGCAGCUCAUUGAGGAGGGUGUCCAUGCAGAGGAGAUCUCAACAGUGCUGUCCCUUGUGCCCCAGGCAGAGAAAUUUGCCAAAUUCUGGAUCUGCCAAGCAAAGCUGCUGGCCCGGAGUGGCCCCUUUGAUGUGUUGCAGCUGUACAGAGAAGCAGUCAGCGCUGGGGCUGAGCCAGUUGAAGAUCUCCGAGAAACUGCUCUCACUAUUUUGAAGGAUGCAGGCCAGAAACUGGAAGGAGCAAAGGAAGAAGAAGCCCCUCCUCGGGCGCCUAUCACACCUUGUCCCGCUGAGAGGCGUCCUUUAGCAUCAACUCCGGGCCUGGUGGGGAGGCACAUGACCUCCCUCCCUCCCUCAGUCAAGUUACUGGUUACAUCAGCAACCAGAGGAAGGGAAUUGCCAGAACACAGAGAAUUUAAAUUUCUAACCCCUGUGCGGCGCUCCCUGCGGACUGAGAGGGCUCGGAGUCGCUACCCAGAGAUGCUAAAGGACCAUGACCCUGUGGUGUCAGCCCUCAGUGAAAUCCUGGCUGCCGAGGAGGAGACACGCUUCUUCUUCCGGAGGAACAAGGCUUUGCCUGAAGUGACAGAGCUGGAGGGCUUGAGUUCAUAUCCACCCAAGAGCCCCUGACGGUUCCCAGCAGGAGCAGGCUGCCUUGUACACAUUCCCCUGACUGCUCUUGCUGCCCCUCAGAUGUAGGGGGGAGGUUUUGGCACAGAAUAAGUAUCUCUCUGUGGUCAUUUGGCCAGAAAUGAGAUUUCUGGGAUGCUGUGAUCACUACCACCAAACCACCAAUGUGGUCAACCACCAAUGUUUGACCACCUGAUAAGACAUGGUGUGAUGUGACAUUGUAUUAUAUAGCGCUCCACAUGGUACUAUGUGAUAUCAUGCCACACCUUGUAAUGCCAUGCUGCUCGUUGUCCUGCUGCCCACCAUGCCAUUUGCUGGCCAUAGCUGGGGCAGAGGUGACAGUUUCAGGCAGCUGCCAGGGAUCCACUAUGAGAUGCCCACUUCAGUCACCUCCCAGCUGUGGUGCGGGCAUGGAGACAGAGUAGUGGAGGGUCCUGCAUGGGUCACGGUGGUUCCUGGGCUGUGGGGUGGCCCCCCAUGCCCUGGAUUUUCACCCAAAAAGCAGCCAAAGCAGAAGGAUUUUCCCAUCUGUAACUCCAUCCCCCAUGAGUAAUGAGCUGAGCCAUGCUGUCCUAGAAAACUUUUUAUUUCCACCUCCAUCCACAUACAAGUUAAAAGCAAAAAUAAAUAAGGGGUACAACAAGUAAGUACCAAAGCAAUGGGAAGACACAAUAAAUAAAUACAUAUAUAUAAACUGGGGUGGCUCGAGCCCAUGGGGCCCAGAGCUGCUAUUUCACAUGAAAUAGAUGAGGAGAGAGGUUGUGUCCCAGGGGUUGUACUUAGUACAUACAGCCUGAAAACCGGUGACUGCCGGUU